AUAUUUUCUCCCAUCCCUAGUCGAAAAUUCAGAGAAAAAUUAUUGUUUGAAAUUUUGGGAAAAAUUCUCACUCUAAAAAUGUCUGAGAACGACGCUGCGAAAGGGGACUCUGAGCAGAAGAGAUCGAACGACAACGAGAAUGACGCAGCUGUUGAUGAGGUGGUCCCAAAAUCGUUGACAAUGUCCUUCAUGGACUGGAAAAAGUGCAAGGAAGCUCUUAAGCCAGAUGCGAAUGCGGAAAGCCAGCGAAACAAUAGCAACAACGGACGUAAACAAUGGUCCCAGAACGACAACAGACUUUUCAACAGCGGCGGCGGUAAUGUUAACCAAUGGAGCAACAACCAGGACAGAAACAAUAUUCCACCGCUCAGUCGGCCGCCACCGCUGCCCUUGCAGCUGAUGUCAAUGGGUCUGGGCUUUGGGGGUAAUUUCAAUGGUCCCCCACCCAAUAUGCCCAACUGCAAUUUGGGAAACAUGGGCAUGGGCAUGGGCAUGGGCGGACCUGGCCCUGGACCCCGCCGCAAUAAUGGUCAUGGCAACUGCAACAUUCAAGGGCCACUGCAACCGCCUCCAUUUUGGGACGACAUGAUGGCGCCCAGUCAUAGAGCGCCUCCCAUUCAGCCACCAAUGCCCAAGUGCCCGAGUCUCUGGAACCUUGUGCCCAAGGAUAAAUGCCAAAAGCAGAACCGAACCAACCAGAUCCCCAACAAGAAGUACAAGCUGAACAACAGCAGCAAAAACGUGGCAAAGGAUACGUACCUGAUGCCUCCGCCACCGCCACCGCCGCCGCCUCCGCCAUCCGAUGGUGACGCCAACACUAUAACCAAUGCCAACAAGGACGCUUCCUCGUUGAACUGCGGACAGCCAUCGAAAAAGAAGCGAAACGGUUCCUUCAUCCAAAUAAACGGACAGUGGAUGCAAAAGCCGGAGGCGCCCCUGCCACUCGAAGAUUCGCCGCCCGGCACGAAAGAGGAUCGCCAGCGUCAAUGGCGGGAGUAUCGGCAGGCUAUGAAACCGUUCAAGAAUCGCGAGUUUCACAACUGGAAGAGAACUGUACAGCGGCUCGGCAAGCUGCCGCGCGAAGAACUCGACGAACAACAGCUGGAGCGGCUGCAGAAGGCCGAGGAGUACAUUGGCGCCCACAAGGCAAUGCUGACCAUCAAGCAUGCCGAGCGCUGGGUGCAGCAGGACAAUCUGAAGGGCGAGGAUUCCGACAAGACCCAGGUCUUUGUGCGUCGCCAGGGCAUUCCAAGUUUUUGGGAAAUACCGAAGCAGAGGCCAGGAAUCCAGACAGGUCAGGCGGAUGGUGAGCCAUGUGUAAACAUUGGCCGUGCCAUCAAGGGCGGCUUUCCCGCGGAUUCCCAGUCGCAGGUGCAGGUGCAGUCCCAGCCGCAGUCGCAGGCAACGCCCAUGGGACAAUAUAACUCACAGCAUCAGCAGCGGGAAAACAACUACAGCAGUAACAGCACCUUUGGAAUGGUAUCCAACAGCACGAGCAGGCCCAACUCCUCGUAUUACAGCAACUACAGCAACAGCUUCGUGAAGGGCGAGAUGGUGCUGCCCCCUUAGAACCGACACCAGCCAGUGAGCUGGAGCGAGGGCUUUACCUAGUUAACAAUUGGCACCAUUACCAAACUGCCACUGCGACUUCGAUACGAGCACGGCACUGAUACGGCCCAAAAUCAACCCACAAGGGAGAACAUCAGACGGUGGGUAGAUACAACACGGUUUUCUGCCAGACAGCAGCGGUAUUUGUAUUCAGAUAAAUGUAACAAAUUCUCAUCCUAAAA